UUGUAAAAACAUAUCAGCAAAGAAAUGGAACAUUUUUUAACGAAAUGGUAUUUUUUUUAGUGAAAUGAUACUCUUUUUUAAAGAAAUGUUACAUAUUUUUAACGAAAUGGCGCUAGCAUGCCGCCUCGCCGCUCCCGAGGGGUGAGCAUUAAUCUUCCAAAUAACUUCUUCCUUUUCUUAAUAAAUAACAAGAUUUGAAUCCAUAUAUAGUUUCAAAGCAUGUUUUUCGAAUAGAGUGAGGUAUAUUCGUCUAUCUAUGUAUCGUGGGGGUCUGAGCGAGGAGGAUUGAUAGACCUAGCACGGUAAUAGAGUACCAUUUUCUUUUUAAUUAUGAGAGAACUCGUGCAUUAUACAAGCUAAAAACUAACCCGUAGUUGAGAAACCAAUAACCAUAUAAAAACGUGUUUUUACGAAUUAGCCACGAUUUUAAGCCACAAAAGAAUGAAAUAAGAAAACUUCCAUUGUUCUUGAAAACUUUACAUUGGUUGUCCUAAUUCUAAAAACACAAAAAACCCUAAAAUCAAUUCCAAUUUUCUACGAAGUAUCUUAUUUGUGAAUGUGUGAUUCAUUUGGCUUCUCACUUGCCAAAAAUGGCAUCUUUGUGCUCCCUCCGAUUCCACUCACUCUCUUCUCAGCAUCGAAUUUGUAGAAAUGGCGUUGGAAUUGAGCUCAGAAAUGAAUUUGGAUUCGAUUAUGGCAAUUUGAAGUUCAAUCCACCCAGAAAUUAUGGCGGAAAGCUGGUAUUGACUGCUUGUAGCACCGAUUCCAGCGUUUCGACUCAGCCCGAUUCUGGUCGCAGUGAGAAAUAUGUUCUUAAUUUGGGGAAAUCUUUUCAGAAAUUUCAACAAAUUGUUGCUUCUCUCCCUCCCGUUGUUGUCGUGAUCAAUAGACAAUCUGGAGCAAAUUUAGUACUUGGAUUUUGUAUUGCAACUACAUGCCUGAUUAUUGCUGUGAGAGUUUAUGUGGCGAGAAGGUUGAGGGAAACACGUCCUGGCUCUGUGGCCGAUCUUGUUAGACGUGGCCAAGUCAGAUCAGAUAGAAGAGGCAUCUCCAAUCCUCUCAAGUAUGAAGACCCAUUCAACAAUCCUCUGGUCAAAAUAAGCAACAGUAAUUCUACAGUAGAAAUGUGCGGAACGGUUUAUCGGCUGGCCCCUGUUACUCUGACAGAAGAACAGCGAUCAAUUCAUCAAAAAAGGAGGUCAAGAGCUUAUCAAUGGAAGCGACCCAAGGUGUUUCUUAAGGAAGGGGAUUCAAUUCCACCUGACGUUGACCCUGAUACAGUCAGGUGGAUUCCAGCAAAUCAUCCUUUUGCAACUACUGUUAGUGAUAUCGAUGAAGACCUUGCACAAAAUAAUGUUUACCAAAAGCGUGGUGUUCCUUUCCGCAUUCAGGCUGAACAUGAGGCGUUGCAGAAGAAGUUGGAGGCCUUGCAGAGCGAGCAAAAGUUCAGUAAGUUAGUAAUUGAUCCUGUAAAUGCGAAAGAUUUUGAAAGGGCCUACAGGACGCAGUCAAAAUCACAUGAACGCACAGAGAACGGGAUUCAUAGUAGCCAACCGGAUGAAUCUCAACCUCCCAAAUCAGACGCGCUUCCUGGAAAUUUUGACAACAAUGCAGCUUCUGCCAAAGAUGAAAUCUGAAACAGAUCUAUGUAUGUGGCAGCACCAAGUGUUUUAUCACAUUGCAAAAUUUUGAAUGUCAGAAUUGAAGCAUUUUAUAGUUGAUACAUGAUACAGCAGUGUACAUAAUUCUCAGUAAGUUAUCAAAGUUGAGUGUCCAUUAUCCAACA